AUUUUACUUUCCUUUACCUUUGUCCGAGGGCCUCCCGUUUUUUUCGACAUAAGUUGAAAUCGUAAUUUGUUCUUAUUGAAAUGUCGAAUGCAUUCCAUUACACAGAGAAAUUAAUUUGCAUAUUUAAUGCUAAAAUUUAUAAUUCGGACUCCGAAACUGAUUUUGAAUGGAUGCUAUUUGAUGAAAUUUCUGGUUAUAUUAAGAGAAUUGGAGUGGGUAAACCUGAUUUAUCCGGUUUAACAAUUUCAAAUAGUAUAGAUAUUGGUGGACAAAGAAUUUUACCCGGAUUGCAUGAUUCGCAUAUACACGUUUCGAAUAUAGGUCGAGAGAUAUGGAGUUGCGAAUUGAAUAACUGCUCCUCCAUUAAGGAAAUGCAGGAGAGAAUUGCAAAUUAUUGUAAAAAAAAUCCUAAUGCCGAAUGGAUUUUUUGCGCUGGGUGGGAGCAGGAAAAACUUGGACGACUGCCAAAUUCGCAAGAUUUAGAUGUGAUAUCAGAUAAACCUAUUUUUGCCUAUCGAAUAUGUCAUCAUAUUGCAGUUGUUAAUAAAACAGCUUUAAAAUUGGCAGGCUAUAAUCGGGAUAUAAAAGAUCCUGAAGGUGGAACAUUGGAUAGAGAUUCGAAUGGAGAACUUACAGGUAUUCUCCGAGAGAACGCAAUCAACCCUGUUAUGGCAAUUGUUCUGAAAUCAAUUUCGAAACCGGAAUCAUUAAUAAAAUUCCUUAAAAUUGGAUUGAAAAAUUGUUUAGAAUCCGGUUUAACUUCUGUACACUCUAAUGAGGCCGCCUCUUGGAAUGAAUUAUGCACAAUAGAAAGGAAUAAGGAAUUAUCUAUAAGAGUUUUUAUGGCUUCAUAUUAUUCAAGCUUAUCAAAAAAUCUUCCUAAAUACCCUGGAGAACAAUACGGGAAUUUACUAAGUUGCGAUAGGAUAAAAAUUUUUUGUGACGGUUCUCUUGGUGGAUCUUCGGCAGCAAUGAGUAUGCAUUAUAUAAAUGAUGAGAAAAACAAAGGAUUACUAUUAAUGUCACAGGAUGAGUUGAAUACUGCGGUUCGUGAAGUGACAGCUGCUGGAUAUCGUUUAGAAAUACAUGUUAUAGGGGAUGCAGCUGCAGAUGCAGCAUUAACUGCUUUGGAAACUGUUGGAGUUGAUCCCAACAAACGUCCUAUCCUCACUCAUUGUCAGAUUUUAAGAAAAGACUUAUUACCUCGAAUGCGUAAACAAGGAGUUAUUGCUAAUAUUCAACCGCCAUUUUUACCCACCGAUACUGCCUGGUUACAUCUUCGUUUACCUAAACCUCUCUUAGAAUACGCCUAUGUAUGGAAAACUUUGAUGAAAGAGGGAAUCGUUUGCGCUGGAGGUUCCGAUAGUCCGGUCGAACAUUGGAACCCUUUUUGGGGCAUGUAUGAUGCAAUUUUUAGACCUCUCGGUAGUAGGACUAGCACAGAAGUUCAUAAGCCAGAAGAAUGUUUGACUAUUAGGGAGGCUGUUGAUUUAUACACAAAAAACGGAGCAUAUACAACGAGAAGAGAGCACGAUUUAGGUCAAUUAAAAGUUGGAUAUUUAGCCGACUUCGUCGUUGUAGAUAAAGAUAUCAUAACAGAGCCAAAGUCAUUACUUGACGUUAAAGUGAAUCAAUGUUGGAUUUCAGGGAUUUGUAAAUAUAAGCGACUGUAA